GGAACGCCAUCCAUCCCACUGCAGAAACAAGACUAACCAGAUGUGGGAAGCUCGGUGAUGGGCAGUGUUUCGAGCCCCAGUCGCGGGUGCAUUUUCUCAUUUUCUGGGCACCUUUCUGGCACCCUUCUUGCCGCUCUCGUCCCCGACGCCACAUGGUGCAACCGUCAGCCAGCUCAUACUUAAUUCUAGACACACCGCGAGUGGGGACAUACAAAGACAACCAUGGCCCGAAACGUCUCCCAUCUUCCCGGAAUUCAGCUCGUCUGUCCUCUCUGGUGGCUCCAAGCUCGCCACUCCAUAGAAAUUAGCCCCAGAAAGCCCAGAAGCCCCAGACAGUGGCAGGCAAUCCCCGUGACACGGACUGAGAUCAGAGCUGAUCGAAUGCAUCCCAUCCUGAUCCAGACAGCCGGGUCCUGGGAAACAUAAAACUCCAUGUCCAUUUCCGAUCCUGCUCACUAUGGCCCCGAUCAGACUGCAAGCCAUCAAACUGCAAGUCAUCAUACCGGGAGUCACCAAACUGCCAUUGCCAUCUCACUCGCAGAGUCCGUCCACUGUUUUCGAACAACCGCCGCCGAUCGACCCCGGUCCUCUAUCAGAGCCAAGUUCACCAUCGAGGAGAGGGAGAAAGUGUUGGGGGUCAGACGUCAAGGUGCAUGUCUGAGGUGUCGGAUGCUUAAGAUCCAGUGCUCUCUCGAGAACCCGUGUCAACCUUGUCUGCAGUCCGCCAUAAAGGGCUCCGAGCGAAAGGUCCUCUCAUUUUGCUACUGCGUCCGGACUCGCUUCGCCGACGUCAACAUCUUUGACCCGUCGUCCUCUUGGUUCGGCGCCGCCACAACCAUGCAGACCGAAUCACUGAUGCUCGCCAUGAGCAAGCUGCUCGGCCGGAUCGCCACGCCUGCCAACUUCUCCCUCACGUCCAACCCCAUAGCCUUUAACAACACCAUGGUAUCGUGGCUCACCGACCCCGACUUCCACCUCCCCAACGGCAGCAUCGUCGGCUUGUGUUGCUCCAGCCUCCUGGGCCUCCAGUUCCCAGAGGACACCGCCGCCGGCACCGACGGCCUGCUCGCAGACUUCCGCAGCUUCCUCCUCGCCACAUCCCUCACCCACGCCCGCUGGCGCGACAGCAGUCUCAAAGUCAUCCAGGCCCGUGACAUCUGCGCCGCGGGCCAGGUAUCAGGGUAUCGACUCCUCAAACGUCUCGACCGCAUCCUCACCCCGCAAUUUCUAUCUCGCAUCGGCCGCGAGUCCUGCCAGGUACUAUUCCUCCUCGUCUUGGGCGCCGUCCUCGGUGUAGGCUACUCGGCUUCUCAGUUGGAGGAUCACUCGCCUCGGCUCCCUUCGGCCGAGAUGCUCAGCCCCGAGUUCCAGCGCAGCCCGACGUUGUGGUUGGCCAUGAAGGAGCAUUUGUGUCAGAUGCUGGCGCACCAUUUGAUUUUCGUCGGGUCCAUGUUGGGAAUCAAGUUGGAAACCGCGGUGGAGCAGAGGAUCAUCGAUACGGCCGUGAGCCGAUGGAACAAGGCCGAGGAAUUUGUUUGGGCGGAUGCCGUGGGCUGCAAGAGGGAGGAGGUGGAUUCACCAUCGGCGCUAGGAGCGACCGGCGGUUCUCCAGAAGCCGCCAAAGCGGAGGGCGGAAACACAACCUCGGUGCUACCCGAUCGGAGUCGGGGUGUCAUUUCUUCAACGCCACCGUCACCGUCGCCGGCCCCUCCUCGACAGCCUCCGCCACUGCUAGUCCCUAUCCCAACUUCAGAGGCCGCGCCGUUCCACUCCCAGCCCGUGGAGGCCUGGUCGGAAAACCCAACGUCGUACCUUUCCAUGUUUGAUGAGUCGGCAACCCCUGCGCCCGGUUCGAGCGAGCCACGGAGCGUCAGUGCCAUGGAAGGGACAGCAUCACCGCCCAAAACAGUAUCCGAGCCAUCGGCCCGGCAACAAACGCCGGAAUCGAUGCGGCCACGCGAGAGGAAACGGAGAUCCAUGUGGAUUGUCCGCCCCUUUGACGCCGGCCCUGAGCACGGCUUGAUCAAUGUACAUGCACGCCUGCAGGGGUGUGGAGGCUUGGAGAGCCUGCGAACUUUUGUAUGAUGCCGGCUGCGCUCAAAAGAUGAUGAGAUGAUGAUGUUAUGACAAUUCUGUGUACAAACGAAAUCUGGGGUACUAGGAGGACAGAUGGACCAGCCGAUUUUCCUUUUCAUGACUGAUGACCCUCGGAGGCUAGAUACAAUCAUACUUAGCGUUUCAAGUAUGUAGUUAUUGGUAAUUAAGAGCUGGCGAUCCCAGAUACCCAUCUGGGCCAUAUUAUGUAGCUCUUACACAACUUUUGGUUCAAGAGUAUGGUUCGCGAAUGGAC